CAGUGUUUGUCCCUACCGAACUACUAGCGCUGCUAGUGAGUGAUUUUUCGUACUUCAGGAAAAAGGUUCAUGCGGCCUUGUCAUAAAACCUGAAGUUGGAGGUAUAUCAAAACUAUAAUCUACAGCUCCCAAUCCCAAAAACACAUGUCAAAAAACAAUUAGAUGUUCUUGACAAAUCUUGUAUUUGACAGAAACGAAUAUUUUACGACAUUUUGAUUGCACUUGGAUUUUGAAGAAUUAGCAUGGUUAGAAUCGGAUUAAAUGGUUUUGGAAGACUAGGCAAACAACUAUUGAGGAUAGCAAUCAAUGCGUGCAAGAAGAAAUGUGCUUCCGAUGUUUCAAGAAUUCUGAUGAUAAAUGAUCCCCAUUUGACCACAGAAAGUAUGGCUUACCUGCUAAAAAAUGAUUCUCUUUACGGAAAAUUCAAAUCUGAAGUAGUUGAAAUGGGGUCAUCUAUUAUGGUAGAUGGUCAAAGGGUAGAGGUAACAAGUGAGAAUAAAAUAGAACAAAUUCCGUGGAAAAAAUGUAACGUUGAAUACGUUAUUGAUACAACUGGACAAAACGCCAAUUGUAAUAAAGCUUCC